AUGGAGAACAUCCAGACUGAUAACACAGAGAACAUCCAGACUGAUAACACAGAGAACAUCCAGACUGAUAACACAGAGAACAUCCAGACUGAUAACACAGAGAACAUCCAGACUGAUAACACAGAGAACAUCCAGACUGAUAACACAGAGAACAUCCAGACUGAAAACACAGAGAACAUACAGACUGAUAACACAGAUAACAUACAGACUGAAAACACAGAGAACAUCCAGACUGAUGAUACAGAGAACAUACAGACUGAUAACACAGAGAACAUCCAGACUGAUAACAUAGAGAACAUCCAGACUGAUAACACAGAGAACAUCCAGACUGAUAACACAGAGAACAUACAGACUGAUAACACAGAGAACAUACAGACUGAUAACACAGAGAACAUCCAGACUGAUAACACAGAGAACAUCCAGACUGAUAACACAGAGAACAUCCAGACUGAUAACACAGAGAACAUCCAGACUGAUAACACAGAGAGCAUACAGACUGAUAACACAGAGAACAUCCAGACUGAUAACACAGAGAACAUACAAAUAGAAAACACAGAGAACAUCCAGACUGAUAACACAGAGAACAUACAGACUGAUAACACAGAGAACAUCCAGACUGAUAACAUAGAGAACAUCCAGACUGAUAACACAGAGAACAUCCAGACUGAUAAUACAGAGAACAUCCAGAAUGAUAACACAGAGAACAUCCAGACUGAUAACACAGAGAACAUCCAGACUGAUAACACAGAGAACAUCCAGACUGAUAACACAGAGAGCAUACAGACUGAUAACAUAGAGAACAUCCAGACUGAUAACACAGAGAAGAACAUCCAGAAUGAUAACACAGAGAACAUCCAGACUGAUAAUACAGAGAACAUCCAGACUUAUAACACAGAGAUCAUCCAGACUGAUAACACAGAGAACAUACAAAUAGAAAACACAGAGAACAUACAGACUGAUAACACAGAUAUCAUCCAGACUGAUAACACAGAGAACAUCCAGACUGAUAACACAGAGAACAUCCAGACUGAUAACACAGAGAACAUCCAGACUGAUAACACAGAGAACAUCCAGUCUGAUAACACAGAGAACAUCCAGACUGAUAACACAGAGAACAUACAGACUGAUAACACAGAGAACAUCCAGACUGAUAACACAGAGAACAUCCAGACUGAUAACACAGAGAACAUCCAGACUGAUAACACAGAGAACAUCCAGACUGAUAACACAGAGAACAUCCAGACUUAUAACACAGAGAACAUCCAGACUUAUAACACAGAGAACAUCCAGACUGAUAACACAGAGAACAUCCAGACUGAUAACACAGAGAACAUACAGACUGAUAACACAGAGAACAUACAGACUGAUAACACAGAGAACAUCCAGACUGAUAACACAGAGAACAUCCAGACUGAUAACACAGAGAACAUCCAGACUGAUAACACAGAGAAUAUCCAGAAUGAUAACACAGAGAACAUGCAGACUGAUAACACAGAGAACAUCCAGACUGAUAACACAGAGAACAUCCAGACUGAUAACACAGAGAACAUACAGACUGAUAACACAGAGAACAUCCAGAAUGAUAACACAGAGAACAUCCAGACUGAUAACACAGAGAUCAUCCAGACUGAUAACACAGAGAACAUCCAGAAUGAUAACACAGAGAACAUACAAAUAGAAAAUACAGAGAACAUCCAAAUAGAAAAUACAGAGAACAUCCAAAAAGAAAACUCAGAGAAUAUCCAAAAAGAACACUUGGAAAACAUCCAUAAAGAACACUUGGAAAACAUCCAUAAAGAACACUUGGAAAACAUCCAUAAAGAACACUUGGAAAACAUCAAAAAGAACACACACAGAACACCCAAAAAGAGAAAAAAAUAA